AUCUCCCCCGACGUGGUCAGUCACUAGCCUCGCUCGCUCGGGCUGUCUACGUGACUACGGACGAGGGGGCUACUGGACUACGUACGAGGGGGCUACUCGAGUACGAACGAGGGGCUACUCGACUACGUACGAGGGGGCUACUCGACUACGAACGAGGGGCCUACUGGACCACCUCCGCUACCCCACGACAACUACCCUACCCGGCCCCCAUGUCGAACGCGACCGGCCGACGUUGAACACGACCGGCCGAUGUCGAACCCCACCCCUCGCGCGGACCCCACCCUUCGUGCGGACUUCAAGUCCCACCCUCGCACGGACCCCACCCCACCCACCCUUCGCCACCGACCCCUACUCUCCCCACCGCCGCCGACUCCGACUGGGACCGCACCGAAGACGACUGACCUCCUUCGACCGACGUCUGACCCCCUUCGACUAGACGUCUGACCCCCUUCGACUAGACGACUGACUCCCUUCGACCGACGACUGACCCCCGCCGCGCUUAGUAAGCUCGGCCGCGCGCGUCGUCGUGCUAGAAGGGGAGGGGAGAGGGUAGGUGGGAGGGGGGGGAGGGAGUUAGCACGAAGGGAGGGGGGCGAG